CUCCGCAUUCUGUGCAGACGGCUGCCGACUCCUGAAACACCAACGCACGGUUUAUUAUUAGCUCAGCUGCCCUGCACUGAUGGACAUUAAAUAGCCGGCAAUCUAUUUCUCAUCCGGCGUCAAAUUGCGUUUUUGGAAGCUGAUCAAGUGUCUUGCGUACUGUCCAAGUUUCAAGCUCGAUCUUGUGAUCCUCUGGCUAUUCGGCCUCAGAAACUUGGUUCAUCCCAUCCCAUGAGUUCGCUGAACCACAGGCCGCCCUCCCGCAGCCAUGCCAACGACAGCCUGACAGCUCUCCAGGGAGCUGCCUUAGCCUUCAAUGCAAGUUCGUCAAGAGCCCCAUCUCCUAGUGCGAGAGGCACGGAUCCAAAUAAAGCCAUGGGUGCCGCGUUGCUCGCAGGCAAAAAUGUGAGCCAUCAUCAUCACCCCCAGUCGGGUGAUCAUCUCGCUCCCGAUUCCCCAGCACCGCCCGAAAUUGGCUCCGUCAGGGACAAGAUAGGGAGGUUUGCAGCCAAUUCGCGUGCGACAAGUCCACAGAGUACAUCCGAUAGGUCUCUCAAAGCUGCGGACAUUUCCAGGUCGCGAACUCCGCAGAAGAUCGCCGCCCGACUUGCUGCCGAGCAUUCUCCAGUGCGGAGUGAGAAAUCAUCCAUCGAGAAUGAUAUGGCAAAGCAGGCGUCGAAUAAAGUGCAUCAGCAUAUUCCACCCAGCAAUUCUAUCAAGAAGGAGGUUCCGGAUUUGCCAGCUCCAAAGCCAAUUCACAACACAGUCGAUCUAACCAAGACAUUUGAUCAUAUCUUACAAAAUGGCCAACCGUCAUCCCCUGGAAGCUCACCGAUUCACCGCAAGCCGAUCGUGCCAGUACAUACGAAGCCUCCAAAUGUUGCUCAGCAGGCUGCUAUAAAAUCGUCUCCUAUUUCACCUAUACAGCGAAAACCUGCCCCACCGGCUGCUCGUGGAACAGUCAGAGCACCAAGACACGACAGUCCAGGAGGAACGAGGAGCUUUAAUAGCUGCCGGUCCUCAAGUCCUCAGUCUUCUACGCACUCAAAGCAAUUUAUAUCACCUCUGUCCGAUGAACAGAAGCCUCAACUUCCACCCCGACGAGUCGAUCCGUCUGUCGCUCGGGUGGCAUCCAGCCAUAAUGGAUCCUCUUUUGGCGACAACAGUUCACCACGAACACCUUUAACCCCUAGCGUUGCUUCGAUUUAUUCCCGGUCGCAUAACAAUAGUAGCGCGAGUAUACUUGAUGAACCUAACAUCAUGAGCGAAGAGGCACUUUCCAAUGCCAUUGUUGCUUCGUCGCUCGCAUCGUCCAGAGCAUCGCCAACGAGAAAGGUUCCUCCCCCUCCACCACCAACACGUCGACCAAGAUCCCGAUCCAUUCUACAAUUGGCGCAUGCAAGCAGAAAAGAGAUUUCUCGAACCCCGAGCCCAUCCCGAGGCAUGCGACACACACUGCGAGACCCGACCAAAGCGGACGAGGAAGAAGACCGGAAUCGCAGACAUCAUAAGAUGCAUAUUAUUCACAAGCACCCUCACAAACAUCACGAGGGCGAUCGGAAGAGGUGGAGAAGUGAGGUCAGCGAGAAGGAACGAAAACGAUAUGAGGGGGUUUGGGCAGCAAAUAAAGGAUACCUCGUCCCCACUCAGGCACAGGUCAUGAUGCAGGAUCGAGGAUCGUUGAACAAAUAUCCUCCGAACGCCUCUGAGAUGGUGCUGAACCUAGUGGUUCGAGACAUCUGGACUCGAAGCCGGCUUCCACCCACGACCCUGGAACAGAUCUACGAGCUAGUGGAUCGGCAAAAGAUCGGCCUGCUGACAAGAGACGAGUUUGUUGUUGGAAUGUGGUUGAUUGAUCAACAGCUCAAGGGGCAUAAGCUCCCGGUCAGAGUUGCGGACAGUGUGUGGAAUAGCGUGGCGCGGAUCUCUGGGAUCAAAACUCCCUCCUUAAUUUAAUUUGGGGAAAAUAAAAGAGGCCCUUGCCGGUGAUGGGAGAGAUGAUGUAUAAAAAUGAUUUUCAUAGAAGGCUACGAAUCAUAAUAAUAGCGAGUAGUACACAGUAGUUGCUUUAGUCUGUACAUAUAUCACCAGAAAGGUGUGAACCGAUUUAAUAUUUAAUUGAUUUGAUUGGCAGGCUAAAGAUGAAAUUGUUUUUUAUUUUAUUUUU